CAAAGGCGCGAUGCCACUGGCCACCACCAACCGCGCUGUCCAUUCGUGGUCCGGCUCAAGUUAACACACGACCAGUGCAAUGUCAGGAUGGCCUCCAUUCCAGCGAAAAUUAGCAAGGGGCGGGCCCCCGGCCGGCCGACCGCACGUCACCGGCCACCGGCGUGUGUCAGGAACGCGAUCUCGAGCCCGAUCUCGUUGCAUACACUGCGUUCGCGCGCCACCGGCGGCCACGGAAGACGCAAGCCACUGACGCGACGCCUCAAGAAGGCCGGCCGGCCGGCUGGCAUGGCCCUGGCUAAGGCGCUCGCAUCGGGGCGCACCGGCAGCGGCACCGGCCGGCCGGCCGGCGCACGCGGUAUGAACGCUUAUAUGAAGCCGACGAACUAUUCCAGUCCAAGUGUGUACUACAAAAUGGAGAAAUCUUCCGGAACGAAAGAAGUAGUGAACGGCUCGUCAUCUCGCGCAUCUGUGAUGAUCUUGUAAUUUGGUGCAAACGUCUUAGAAAUGUAACUCUUGUAAACAGUCUCAAGGACUGACUUGUUUUUCUUCUUUCGUGUAUCUCUGUUUCUAACUCCAGUUGCUGGAGAACUCUCGGUUAUAUUUAUCUCAACGUUUUUUUGUCAAAAAAAAAAUCUACCUAUGGCGGGUCCGCUUCAAUGGUCAGGAUUUUGUUCCUCCGCGCGCCACGUGAAUUGCAGCAGACCGGGUAUAUAUCUUUUCCGCUGCAGUCAAGAUUCCAAUGGAAAUCUCGAAGAUGUGUUGCGUGAUCCUUACAGGCCCGAGAAUUGGCGAGCAGCCUGGUCUGUAAUGUGACUGGGGAUGUACUGACGGUCUUCAUAUAGCGCGACACAUGUUUGACAUAUCAACCACGAUGUACUCCAAAGUCAGGAUCACCAAGAUCAAAUCAUGGUGUUUUCUUUUUCUAAAGGACCAAUGAAACCAGCUUGGACGAUCAAACCACUGAAUCCGUUCAUGGG